GAGGCAGCUUUCGGGGGAUUCGUGCGGUCUCGUCGCUAGCGCAGCACAGGCCUACACACGAGCAACCAUGUCUAAGGGACCUGCAGUUGGCAUCGAUCUUGGCACCACCUACUCCUGUGUGGGUGUCUUCCAGCAUGGGAAGGUGGAGAUAAUUGCCAAUGACCAGGGUAACCGAACCACACCGAGCUACGUGGCUUUCACUGACACAGAACGACUAAUUGGGGAUGCCGCGAAGAAUCAGGUUGCAAUGAACCCCACCAACACAGUUUUUGAUGCCAAACGUUUGAUCGGACGUAGGUUUGAUGAUGCUGUUGUUCAGUCUGAUAUGAAGCACUGGCCUUUCAUGGUGGUGAAUGAUGCAGGCAGGCCCAAGGUCCAAGUAGAAUACAAAGGAGAGACAAAAAGUUUCUACCCAGAGGAGGUGUCCUCUAUGGUUCUGACGAAGAUGAAGGAAAUUGCAGAAGCCUAUCUUGGGAAGACUGUCACCAAUGCUGUGGUCACUGUGCCAGCCUACUUCAAUGACUCUCAGCGACAGGCAACAAAAGAUGCUGGAACUAUUGCCGGGCUCAAUGUGCUUCGAAUUAUUAAUGAACCAACUGCUGCUGCUAUUGCUUAUGGGUUAGAUAAGAAGGUUGGAGCUGAAAGGAAUGUGCUGAUUUUUGACUUGGGAGGUGGUACUUUUGAUGUGUCAAUCCUCACUAUUGAGGAUGGAAUUUUUGAAGUCAAAUCAACAGCUGGAGACACCCACUUGGGUGGAGAAGACUUUGAUAACCGAAUGGUCAACCAUUUCAUUGCUGAGUUUAAGCGGAAGCACAAGAAGGACAUCAGUGAGAACAAGAGAGCUGUCAGGCGUCUGCGUACUGCCUGUGAACGGGCUAAGCGUACCCUCUCCUCCAGCACCCAGGCCAGUAUUGAGAUUGAUUCGCUCUAUGAGGGAAUCGACUUCUAUACCUCCAUUACCCGUGCUCGAUUUGAAGAAUUAAAUGCUGACCUGUUCCGAGGCACUCUGGACCCUGUAGAAAAGGCCCUUCGAGAUGCCAAACUAGACAAGUCACAGAUCCAUGACAUUGUCCUGGUGGGUGGUUCUACCAGAAUCCCCAAGAUCCAGAAGCUUCUGCAAGACUUCUUCAAUGGAAAAGAACUGAAUAAAAUAUUGUUUUUUGUCUGUCCCACACCAGAGGGUUCUAAUAUGGGACAGAAUAAUCUCUCAGCAUUUUUUUAG